UUGAAUUCUUCAUGAGGGACAGGAAAACAAAAUGCAUGAUUUUUUUAUAGGAAAGCACGUCAUUUGACCCCUGAAAUAAGUGAGUGGUUCAUGUUUCUCUGGUGCCAGUUUAAGUUUGUUGAUUUCCUUACAGGCAGCAUCUCUCACAAAUGGAGAAACGAGACACAAAUACGGACGGUCCUUUAGCUUCAGAGAACACGUAAAAAAGUCGAACACAGGUGGCUUUGGUAAUGACGCUUAAAGUAUACGACAGGCUCCGCGAAGCACGAGUUAAACGUCAUCAAUUUGAGACAGGAAGUCAGAGAAGUGCGUCUUUAACCAUCUUUAACCUCUCUGGAUUUAACAGCUAACAGUUUCGUACGGUUACGUAUCAACGGUUACUUUUACCAGAAGGUCUUUUGGGAUUCCUUUACCUUUGACUGUGCCUGUGGUUGCCAUGGCAGCUGCAGGGGGACUGGGCGGGGCACUGUCCGCACGAGGAGGAGCCGGGGCCAGGCGGAUGAAGUGGGCUCUGGAGUUGAGUCUGGGGAGCAGCAGGAAUCGCGGGGACUCUCUGUACCCCGUGGGAUAUUUGGACAAGCCGGUUCCUGACACCAGUGUCCAGGAGACUGACAGAAAUCUGGUGGAAAAGAGGUGCUGGGACGUCGCUCUGGGUCCCCUAAAGCAGAUCCCCAUGAACCUGUUCAUUAUGUACAUGUCUGGCAACACCAUCUCCAUCUUCCCCAUUAUGAUGGUGUGUAUGAUGGCCUGGAGGCCCAUCCAGGCCCUGAUGUCCAUGUCUGCCACCUUUAAGCUAUUGGAGAGCUCCAGUCAACAGUGGCUCCAGGGUCUGGUCUACCUCUUCGGAAACAUUCUAGGGUCUGCAUUGGCCAUCUACAAAUGUCAAUCAAUGGGGCUUCUACCCACUCACUCAUCUGAUUGGCUAGCAUUCAUUGAACCUGCCCAGAGGAUGGAGAUCAUGGGCGGAGGCAUGGUGCUCUGAACAAGUGGCAGGACGAGACGCACACACACUCUCACACACACCCACACACGCACACACACACACGCACACACACACACCACACACACACACACGCACACACACACACGCACACACACACACACUCACGCACAUACACACGCACCCACACACACUCACACACGCGUGCACGCACACACGUACACACACACACUCACAUACAUACACACACAUACACACAAACACACACACACUCACACACGCGUGCACACGCACACACACUCACAUACAUACACACACACGCACACACACUCACACACAUACACACAAACACUCACACACACACUCACACACGCGUGCCCGCACACACGUACACACACACACUCACAUACAUACACACACAUACACA